UGUGAAUUUAUUUAAACGUUGCCAUGGAGAAGAGUUUGGACUGAGACACGGGGAGAUUUGAUAUCACAGUGUAAGAGAGAGAGAGAGCCCAGAGGUGAAGACAUGGUCAUCACUGACAGAAACACCAGCACCCCUGUUCCUAAAAAGGACCCUCAGAAGAAGACGAGAAGAAAGUCUCGCCCUCAUGGCCUGCCCUCUCCGGCACUCUGCUGUGCCUGUGGCCUAUGCAUCAUGCUGGCUGGACUCAACAUCACCCUGGUGGGAGCGUUCGCCUUCAGCACACUGGUGCCUUCUGCCAAUCCCCCGAUCAUCAUCGGACCUAUUCUACUGCUGGUUGCCUUUUCCUUUUUCGGGGCCUGUUGCGUGUGCAGCCGGCUCCCACCUCCCCACAGCUCACGGAGGUCUAAGGUGGGCGGCAGGGGCACGGGGAUGAUGGGACACGGCGGGCUGGCCGGUGGAGCAGCAUUUGAAAUAGAGACCAGCGAGCACACACUGCAGGAUACCACAGCUGUGCAGCUCAGCCCCACAUCCUCUCCUGGAUCGUCCCAAGUGUCCAGCCCAGAAAAGGAGGUUCCUGAUGCGGCCCUACCAGGGCCCUGUAAGCUCUUCACCCUGGAGACCAACGGCCCUUCUUCUGUUUGCGCCACCGCAGUCUACUCAGCCUCCACAGCAGCAGGAGGGGAAGUGAGGCUUAACCUGCCACGUGAAGAAGUGGUCACCUAGCAGCACAGAAACUCUUCCAAGGCCGGAGUUCUAGCAGUGUAAAUAGCCUUCUGGGUUGAGGGCUUGCUGAGUGUGGUUGUGUCCUCUAGUUUACGUAGUGCCAUAUUUCUGGUCGUGACAAGUUGUCAGCCGUAUGCUUUAGAUUUUCUUGCUGUGCAGCCAACUGGUAAUAAGCAUGCAAAGUUAAUGAAACAUCCAAGUAUUUGUGGAUCAUAGGUUUUGGAAUUCAAAUUCCUACCUCUCUUGUGCUGUUUUCCUACAGGUCUUUGUUCUUAACGUGGGGCAUUAUGGAGAGUUUUCAUGUAGAAAUCAAACUAAGAGUCUGAAAACCAUUAACAUUUAUCUUUCACUGUUACGCUGGUUUGUGGAAACCUCAGCUGUCAGCAGUGAUUCGAGAGGGCUCGCCCGAAGAAUGUGAUUGUUGAAUUGUUCUUAAAAACUUAAAGAUUAGAUGUGAAAGGUUGUUAGUGAAAACCAGAGUUGAACUGUACAGGUACGUUUGUGGUGACAUUUGGCAUUUUGUGUGCCAUUCUUAGUGCUGAACUUGUUUUGGGGGCAUAAAAUAUUAUAGGUCACCGGGGUCCCAAAGCAAUAUUCUCUCACCUGAGGUUAAAUUCUUGGCAUUUACAGUUUUUCACAAGGGAGUGAUCACACACUGCUUGUCUACAGCCAAUACAAUGGUGCAUAUGUAGUUACAAUAUAUUUACAUGCAAAUGUGUGUAAUGUUUCUAUAGUCUGACAGACUUCUGCCAUCACACUAACACUGUGAAUAUUAUGUUUCUCACCACAUUCAACUCAAAUCACAGUUUUAAGGUCACAUUCAUCUUGAUAUUUUCAGUAAUUUAUGUAAUGCAGUUUAGGUCAAGAUUCAGGUGAAACAGGGACUUACGUUACUGUAAACCAUGGAAAUUAGUCAUAAAUGAAUGAAUUUAUUGAACUUCAGUUCAUGUUUUACAAAUGUGAACGUGUGAAUUUCACAGUAUUGAAUUCUCAUUUUUAAUGUGUGACAAACUUCAACUUCAUAUUGAGCAAAAGUUAACCUCCACUGGACCUAGUAUACACAAUAUGGACAAGCCAAGAAGUCUGACCGAGUUUAGAUAUUCAGAUUGCAUAAAAAAAGUAUUUGUUCCCCAUCACUGUGAUGUCUUCUUGUCAGUUAUGAACUUGACUGGUCAAAAGAGACAUUCAAACCCUGAUUUCCUUUGAAAGGAAAGUUGCCUUAGACUGAGAUAUCAGGAUCAAACUAACGAGGGCUAUAAUAAAAGUGCACAAUAGCAUUUUUCUUCAGAAAGCCUUUGUUUGGCUCUGGAUUUCUAUUCCAUAUUGUUAGGAAAGCUUCAAACAAGUUUUUAAUUUUUUUUGUGGAUGUAACAAAUGCAUGCAAAUGGCUUAAAUGUUUCAUCUCAGAGAUGUAUGUGGAGCAGCAGGAGAGUGAACACCUGUAUACAGGUACACAGCCCAGUGACCAGAGCAUUUCCUUAUACAGUAUUAACCUUCAUUAUUUGUGAUACAGCUCCUCAAAGGGACCAGUUUUUCUGUCAAAGCUCUCUCUCGUGCCAAAUUAGAGUGCUGAGCUUAUUUUUGCAUGCUCAGAGAACUGACUCAUGGAAAUGCAAACACCUUGUUGUGAAGUAUCGGUGUUAUCUGUGUAUUUUAAUUUGUGUAGCACUUAUACAAAAACCUGGAAAAUGUAAAGGAUAGAAUAUUUUUGUGAAGAUUAUAAUUUGUUUAUUUUAAAAGUAACCAAUCCAAAUGUGAAUCCUUGAA